CCCCUCCCCUCCCUCAAUAUCCCGUUCCCAGCCAAUCAUAUACACAUCCUUUCCCCCCUAGCUGCCCAGAUUUCUUUUCCAGAGUAUCAAAUUUCUCCCGAGAAUUCGAAACACGGUAGAAUUCCGCUUGGCCCCCAUUCUGGACACAGGGAACGCGAAAUGUCUGAACGGGGCUCCUUUCGCGGAGGCUUCUCUCGCUCUGGCGGCCGGGGCGGCGGAGGGCGCGGCGGGCGAGGUGGAAGAGGUGGCGGUGCAGCUGGUGGCGGUGCAGGCUACCAGCAGCAACAACAGCAGCAAGGCCAGCAGCAGGAGAAACCGAAGAAAGAGAACAUCCUGGACUUGACCAAGUAUAUGGACAAGGAGGUCCAUGUGAAGUUCAGCGGUGGAAGAGAAGUUACUGGCACCCUUAAAGGGUACGACCAACUCAUGAAUCUCGUCCUCGACGAAGUAAAGGAAACCAUGCGUGAUGACGAGGGCAACGAGACAACCCGCUCUCUAGGCCUGAUUGUUGCACGUGGAACGCUGCUAGUCCUAAUCUCCCCUGCUGAUGGAAGUGAAGAGAUAGCCAAUCCUUUUGUACAGCAAGAGGAAUGAGCAAAAAGUCUGGUGAUCUAGGAGACAUUUAUUGCUACCUCAUCCGCACAAUUUUUCGUGGACGCAUUUCGAUGCGAGCUGGGAGCCAACGGUAGAUGUGAGGAAAAGGGGCCACUUAUAGGACAGAUACAGGUAGAUUUGUUUCCACUUUAGUGGUGGCCUAUGCACUGUUCCGGAUUAUUGCAAUUCGAGAAACGCACCGGAGUUGUACAGCGCACAGAUGGAGAUAGGCCUAUGAUUGGCUAUCAUGAUGGUACUCCUGAAGCACAAAAUAGGAGUGGUGACAGAGAGAAUU